AUGGAUCAAAAUUUAUACGUACAAGUUUUGGUUGCAUUUGGCUUGAACAAUUACAAUGAAGCUAUCGAAUUAAUUAGUAAGAUCCUCGGCGAUAAAAGUAACACAGUUGAACGUCAAGUUAAUAUCGUUUUAUUGAAGCAACGUGCUACAUCAUACUUUAAAUUACAAUUGUUUACAGAAGCUUUCAAGGAUAUGCAGAGCUCAAUUAAUAUGGGAUUCGAUAUAAAGCGAGAUGAGGAAUUACUCUAUAUGUAUUAUCAUGCAAAAUCGAAAACUGAACUUAGCGAAAUUAUUAAUACAUUAGAACAAAUAAAAAUUAUUUGUCGUUUGAAUUCUAGCAGAGAGAUCAUGUUACUGAAGCAAAUAAAUAUUGAUAAAAUGUUUAACAAAAAUGAUCGAACACGCACUAGAAGUCAAUCGGCUGGUAGAAAAUAA